AUGGCAUCUAGCCGAGCUCGGCAGAUCCAAUAUGCAGGGCCUGCUUUUGGUCUUCUCGGCCUGGCGAUUGGCUAUACAACGUUGAGCGGUCUUGGUCAGGGACUGCUUUCGUUGCUGGCAGCAUCCUUUUUCUUGGCUGUCAAUAUGAUUCCCGACGAGGCAAACUCGUUGAUGGUUUUGGGCUCCAUCUGCGGCUUGCUGGGAUGCUUCAUGGGCUGUGGGCUGGGUGGAGUUUCGAUGGCAGAUCCGCGAAUGCCCCUCUUCUUUGUGGCCGUCACUCUGUUCCAUGCAACUGAGUUCGCCUUCUCCGUUCUUUGCCACAGCAAGACGAUUGAGUUCCGCUGCUUCCUCCUCGCGCCUGUGCCUGCAGCUGGCUACAGCGUGGCCAUCGUUGCGGCAAUGUGUGAAUUCUGGCUGUGGCGCGCAUCGGGGAUCGCCCUCCCAGGCUUCAUCGUGGGAGGCUUGACCGCGCUGGGUGCAGGGCUUGUCCUUGCUGGCUGGUCGUUGAGGACAGCUGCACUCUUCACUGCGAGAUCAAACUUCACUCACCUUGUCGCCCACUACAAGGAUCCAUCCCACAGACUUGUGCAGCAUGGAGUGUAUGGCUGGUGCAGGCAUCCUGGAUACGUUGGAUGGUUUCUGUGGAGCGUUUCCACCCAGAUGCUUCUGAUCAACCCUGUCUGCAUCUUCUGCUACGCAUGGGUCUCCUUCCGCUUCUUCGCGGGCAGGAUUCCGCACGAAGAGGAGAUGCUGCUACAAUUCUUUGGGGAUGAAUACAUGGCCUACGCGAGAGAGGUACCCUGCGGAAUACCAGGAAUUUCUAGGCUUCGGCAGUGA